AUGAGAGAAUGGAAAUUCACAUGCUUCAAGGAUCUUAGGAGUGUUUUGUGGCUUGUGUUGUUUUGUGUUUUGUUACAGAGUUUUGGUUUGUGCUGUUCUUUGAAUGAUGAAGGUAAAGCUCUUUUGAAGUUCAAGCAAGGGAUUGUUAGUGAUCCUUUUGGUGCUUUGUCAAAUUGGGUUGAUGAUGGAGUUUGGGUUGACCCUUGUAAUUGGUUUGGAGUUGAGUGUUCUGAUGGAAGAGUGGUGGUAUUGAAUUUGAAAGACCUUUGCCUUGAAGGAAAACUUGCAAAUGAGCUCGAGAGCCUUUUUCAUAUAAAGUCCAUAGUUUUGCGGAAUAAUUCUUUUCAAGGAAUCAUUCCCGAAGGAAUUGUACGCUUGAAGGAAUUGGAGGUUUUGGAUUUGGGCUACAACAACUUCAGUGGACCUCUAAUGAAAGACAUUGGGAUUAAUAUCUCACUAACAAUCCUUUUGCUGGACAACAAUGAUCUUCUUUGUGGUUUGUCGCAUGAAAUUAAUGAAUUGGCGAUGAUUUCUGAGUCUCAAAUAGAUGAAAAUCAGUUAAUUGAUGCAGGGAAAUCGCCAGGUUGUACAGGAAGAUCGAUCAAAUGGCGUAAUCGCAAAAGUGAAAAAAGUCUUCGGAAGCUACUGCAAUCCAGUACUCGUGAUGAUCGUCAUAAUCGUGCAGCUAUUGUUCCAGAUAGUCCUUCUCCAUCUCCCUCACCUUCACCUUCCCCUUCUCCUUCUCCUUCCCCGUCUACCUCAACAACACCACCGAAAGUAAAAAAACCAUCUUCCCCUAAUCGAAAUGUUUCCGCAUCUCCUUCUGUCCUGCCCGCACCACAAUCCAAAAGCACCUCAUCGAAGAAAGAGCACGCUCCUAUUGUGGUUGGAAUUGUGGGUGGUUUUGCAUUUAUUAUCGUUUCUGUCAUUGUCGUAUAUCUAUGGAAAACCAACAAGGUGGCGACCGUUAAACCAUGGGCUACUGGAUUAAGUGGACAGCUUCAGAAGGCAUUUGUGACAGGUGUGCCGAAGCUAAAGAGAUCAGAGCUUGAAGCAGCGUGUGAAGAUUUUAGUAACGUGAUCGGUACUUCACCCGUUGGAAGCAUUUACACAGUGUACAAAGGGACUCUAUCUAGCGGUGUCGAAAUAGCCGUGGCUUCUGUUACAGUGACAUCAUUGAAAGAUUGGUCAAAGACUUCUGAAGUCCAGUUUCGUAAAAAGAUAGAUACAUUAUCAAAGAUGAACCACAAGAAUUUCGUAAAUCUUCUUGGAUUUUGCGAAGAAGACGAGCCUUUCACCAGAAUGGUGGUUUUUGAAUACGCCCCAAAUGGAACACUCUUCGAGCAUUUGCACAUAAAAGAAGCCGAGCAUUUGGACUGGGGAACAAGACUUAGAGUUGCAAUCGGCACAGCAUACUGCCUGCAACAUAUGCACCAGUUAAACCCUCCUCUUGCACAUAGCAACCUAAACACUUCAUCUGUUCAACUCACUGACGACUACGCUGCCAAAAUCUCUGACCUAAGUUUCUUGAAAGAAAUAGCUUCACCCGAUAUAAAAUCUUCUGCCAAGAAGCGCACAGACGCGACAUUAGCAAGUAACAUUUACAGCUUCGGUAUCAUGCUACUCGAAACUGUAACGGGCCGUCUUCCUUAUUCCAACGAUCAAGACAGUUCACUUGAAAACUGGGCUUCACAGUACUUACAAGAGAACCAGUCUCUCAAAGAAAUAGUAGAUCCAACACUAGUAUCCUUCCAAGAAGAACAAUUAGUACAAAUCGGCGCAUUGAUUAAGUCCUGCGUCAAUGCUGAUCAAGAGAAAAGACCAACAAUAAAACAGGUUUGCGAGAGAUUAAAAGAGAUAACGAAAAUAAGUCCCGAAGUAGCUGUUCCAAAACUUUCACCACUUUGGUGGGCAGAACUCGAGAUUGCUUCUUUCGACGCAAGCUGA